AUGCCAUUCUCAUCCUCCUCCUACACAUCCUUCAGCAUUUCCACCUCGGCCAGCGCAACCCGCAACGGCGAGACCCAAACUUGGGGCUAUCGCAGUGCGCGCGAGGUGUACCGCGACGAGGACAAUACACGGCAUGAGCGGUCUUUGUCUCAAAGGCUAGGCGAAGAGCCGGUUUAUGAGGAGAGGCAUUACGAUGCGCAGGGGAGGCAGGUAAUUGAUGAUGGACGACAGCAGCGAGACGGGCAGGGUCAGAGGCAGGGACGGAUUGAGGAUGUCAGUGAGCGGGAGCAAUAA